UGCAGAACCGCCUACGUUUGUCAAAACAAUAGUCAGCAGUAAGCCGAACAUUUUUUCUCGGCAUACUUGGAGUUGUUUGACCAAAGGUGAUCCGGAGCCAACGCUUCAAUGGUAUGCCAAUACAACCGCUAUGAGCAAUGUGAGCAACCGUUACACAAUCGAAAACGGAACACUAACGAUUCAUAGUGUUGAACCCAGUGAUAACGGAAUGUAUCAAUGUGUUGCGAAGAAUGCUUUUGGUUUUGCAUAUCAGACAGUGUCGCUUCAAGUUCAAGUGAAGCCUCCAGAUAUCACAUCAGAUUUGAUAGCAAAGGAUUUUACUGUGGGUAACACUGGUCAGAUCUCGUGUAUAUCGGAAGCCAUUCCGCGAGCAAAACAUGAUUGGUUUUUCAAAGGAGAAAAGUUGGAAAUAAAAAACGACAAAAUAUGA